AUGGCUGAUGAGAAGACCUUCCGCAUUGGUUUCAUUGUGCUGGGGCUUUUCCUGCUGGCCCUUGGGACAUUCCUCAUGAGCCAUGAUCGGCCCCAGGUCUACGGCACCUUCUAUGCCAUGGGUGGUAUCAUGGUGAUCGGGGGAGUCAUCUGGAGCAUGUGCCAGUGCUACCCCAAGAUUGCCUUUGUACCUGCUGACUCUGACUUCCAGGGCAUCCUGUCCCCGAAGGCCCUGGGCCUGCUGGAGAACGGGCUUGCUGCCGAGAUGAAGAGCCCCCAGCCCCCCUAUGUCAGGCUGUGGGAGGAAGCCGCCUAUGACCAGAGCCUGCCCGACUUCAGCCACAUCCAGAUGAAGGUUAUGGGCUAUAGUGAGGACCCCCGCCCCCUGCUGGCUGCCAAGCCGGGACAGCUGAAGCUAGGAACCAGCGAUGGAGGAGAGGGUGGCCCUCGAGACGCUCAGGCCUGGAUGGACGCUGCUGUGGUCGUCCACAGGGGCUUGGAGGAGAAUGAGGGAGAGAGAAACCCAACUCAGAGCAGCCCCCCAGCCUGUCCCCAGGGCCCUGCACCCUUGGCCUCCUUCCAAGAUGACCUGGACAUGUGCUCCAGCGAAGGCAGCAGCCCCAGCCUGUCUCCACCUGAUGGGGAGGAACCUCACACCCCAGCACAGGGGCCCUGGGCCUGCAGAUGCCCACUGGACCGCUUCCAUGACUUUGCCCUGAUUGAUGACACCCCUGCGUCGGAGGAUGCGUCCCCCGAGGGGCAGCCCCGGGAGGUAGCCCUGCCCAACAACUGGCAGCAGUGCCCGAAGACAAAGGAGGAGGAGACUUCAGACACAGGUGCAGAGGAGCCCAAGGGGGAAGAGGAAGACCUGUACUAUGGGCUGCCAGACAGCCCCGGGGACCCCCUCCCAGAUACGGAACUGGGCUUGGAGCCUGACACACGGGACUGA